AGCAGGGCGAGGGAGCGGUUGCCGAGCAGGGCUCGACCGCGGACGGGCAGCUGUGGCAGCGGACAGCCUGGGGUCUCGCGCGGGGGGCUCCAGCUUUCCCCUGCCCGGAACGAGUGUGCAGGGGCGGGAGGAGAGCCGGGGGACGGGGGUGGGGAGCGGGCCGUGCGGCUGCGGCCGCGGGGCUGCGGCGCCCCAGCCCCGCCAGCCCGCCCGAGCGCUCGGAGGGAGAGGCAAGGUCUGGACGGGGUGGCUGGACCAGUGGCAGAAUCUAGUGCCAGACUCUGGACUUGAGGGUUCUGGGCUGUGGUCUGUAGAAGCCAAGGAGAGAAGGACUCAAAUCCAGGCCAACUGUAUGGCUGUCUGAGGUGUUGGAACAGAAGGAGGUCCAUUCCUGUUGGUGACAACACUGUGGCCCUGUUCUGGGAUGACCGAGGUAUAAAGGUUUCCCCCGAGAGAGCAGCUGAGUCCUUGCACCCUGUGACAGCUGCUGUUCCCAGCCCUGAGCCCAUCGGAGGUCCUGCAGCGGUGGCGGUGUGAGGAGUUGUGCAAUCAGUUAUAACUGAAAAUGUCUGACGGUCUGGAUAAUGAAGAGAAACCCCCAGCUCCCCCACUGAGGAUGAACAGUAACAACCGGGAUUCUUCGGCACUCAACCACAGCUCCAAACCACUUCCUAUGGCCCCUGAAGAGAAGAAUAAGAAAGCCAGGCUUCGCUCUAUCUUCCCAGGAGGAGGGGAUAAAACCAAUAAGAAGAAAGAGAAAGAGCGCCCAGAGAUCUCUCUUCCUUCAGACUUUGAACAUACGAUUCAUGUGGGGUUUGAUGCAGUCACCGGGGAAUUCACUCCAGAUCUCUAUGGCUCACAGAUGUGCCCAGGGAAGCUCCCAGAGGGAAUCCCUGAACAAUGGGCACGAUUACUCCAAACCUCCAACAUAACAAAGCUGGAACAGAAGAAGAACCCCCAAGCUGUUCUAGAUGUUCUCAAAUUCUAUGAUUCCAAAGAAACAGUCAACAACCAGAAAUACAUGAGCUUUACAUCGGGAGAUAAAAGUGCACACGGAUACAUAGCAGCCCAUCCUUCGAGUACAAAAACAGCAUCAGAGCCUCCUUUGGCUCCUCCUGUGUCUGAAGAAGAAGAUGAAGAAGAGGAAGAAGAAGAAGAUGACAAUGAGCCCCCACCAGUCAUUGCACCAAGACCAGAGCAUACAAAAUCAAUCUACACUCGUUCUGUGGUUGAAUCGAUUGCUUCACCAGCAGCACCAAAUAAAGAGGUCACACCACCUUCUGCUGAGAACGCCAAUUCCAGUACUUUGUAUAGAAACACAGAUCGGCAAAGGAAAAAAUCCAAAAUGACAGAUGAGGAGAUCCUAGAGAAGCUAAGAAGCAUUGUAAGUGUUGGUGACCCAAAGAAAAAAUACACAAGAUUUGAAAAAAUAGGUCAAGGGGCCUCAGGUACUGUUUAUACAGCGCUGGACAUUGCCACAGGACAAGAGGUGGCCAUAAAGCAGAUGAACCUUCAACAGCAGCCCAAAAAGGAAUUAAUUAUUAAUGAAAUUCUGGUCAUGAGGGAAAAUAAGAACCCCAAUAUUGUUAAUUAUUUAGAUAGCUACUUAGUGGGUGAUGAACUGUGGGUAGUCAUGGAAUACUUGGCUGGUGGCUCUUUGACUGAUGUGGUCACAGAGACCUGUAUGGAUGAAGGACAGAUAGCAGCUGUCUGCAGAGAGUGCCUCCAAGCUCUGGAUUUCUUGCACUCAAACCAAGUGAUCCACAGAGACAUAAAGAGUGACAAUAUUCUCCUUGGGAUGGAUGGCUCUGUCAAAUUGACUGAUUUUGGGUUCUGUGCCCAGAUCACCCCUGAGCAAAGUAAACGAAGCACGAUGGUGGGAACUCCCUAUUGGAUGGCACCCGAGGUGGUGACUCGAAAAGCUUAUGGUCCGAAAGUUGAUAUCUGGUCUCUGGGAAUUAUGGCAAUUGAAAUGGUAGAAGGCGAACCCCCUUACCUUAAUGAAAAUCCACUCAGGGCAUUAUAUCUGAUAGCCACUAACGGAACUCCAGAGCUGCAGAAUCCUGAGAGACUGUCUGCUGUAUUCCGCGACUUUUUAAAUCGCUGUCUUGAGAUGGAUGUGGAUAGGCGAGGAUCCGCCAAGGAGCUUUUGCAGGUGCUCUUGGCCGGAGGUAAUUCUCUACAUAACUAUGCAAUUAUUUCCAUGGCAUUUGCUACUCUAAUGCUUUACUGGUCAAAGCCCCUUUGCUUGUGAUGCCAAAUGGCAGGCACCUGCUUGCCUGGCAUCCAUUUUUAAAAUUAGCCAAGCCUCUCUCCAGCCUGACUCCUCUGAUUAUUGCUGCAAAAGAAGCGAUUAAGAACAGCAGCCGCUAGGACUGCCAGCCUUACCCCACACCAUCUCCCUCAUGAGUAAGACUGAAAUAAAACUCCGCUGCAGGAAAGAUGGAAGAAAAGACAGUCAAAUGGGGUGGGGUUUCUUUAACUUUGAGAUGAAUAGAAACUUCUUAUAAGCCUUUUUCCUACUCCCUCAGAUUAUGUAAUUUAUUUGUAAGCCUGAAUCGCGGCCCAUACAGGGCAGCAAUGUCGAAGUGACCAUAAAAAGGUCACUUCCACCGUGAAGCGAAAGAGCCAGUAGUGAAUCCCCUCAUUUUGUGCAUUCACUUUGAAGAAAAAAAAGAUUUCUCAAAGAUGCACACUCCCUCUCCAUAGUGUUGUGUUUGUUUUUAAGUUAGAGAGUAGUCCCUCUUGCAUUCAAACCUCCUUCAAAACUCCUUACCCAAUGUAAUGUUUUUCACUUGCAUUGUCAUUAGAUGUCCAGAAAAAAAGAUGUCAAAACUUUUUUUAAAAAAAAGAAAGUAAAAAACAAAAAGAAAACAAGCAAACAAACAAAAAAAACAAAAUGAAACAAAACAAACAAAAAAAAAACCCAAAGCAAGUACUGUGUGAACAUGUGGAAGUCCAUGCCCUCAUAGAGUUGCAAUUUUUAUUCUUCUUCUAUAGUGGUGGCUUGGUUUGUGUACCUGUUUUUCUGCAUUUGUAUUGGAAAAGGUUUCUUUUACGACAUUUUCCAAAAGCAGAGGGGAAUAUGUGUGUUCAGGAAGGGCUUUUAAAAACUAUCUAAAUAAAGUUCAGAUGGUGAAAUCUUAUCACAUUUUCAUGAUGAUGCUUAAGUGGUAGUUGAUUUGCAUUUGUAUAAACCUGCUUGCUUAUCUUCAUGAUACCUGCAAAAAGACACACCAAAACUAUGGCACUCCAGUUGGGUGAGUCUAGAUCUUAAACCUAGGAAAUCCUGAUUGGAGAGGCCACACUUAAACAAAGAUGGGGCUUUCUCUAAGAGCCAAAAGGAAGAUAAUAUAAGCAUGAAAUACUGAAAUCUUCAUUGGACAGUAAGUAAACAAAGAUAUAGAUACCUAAUUUAAUCCUGUUUUGUGCUUGUGGAAUGUAUGCAACUGUAAAACAGGCACAUCAGGAGGAAAUAGACCCAUUAUCCAACAUUUGCUGAUAAUAAAAUCUUAUUUAUCUUCACAAUUUAUAACAAACAUUAAAAAAAAGUUUUAAGAUAUGGAGAACAGAAAUAUUGGAAGCAUUCAACUCUGCAAGAAAUGGGAGGUUAGUGAAAACUACAUCCCAGUCAACGCUUGGCUCUAAGUACUUGUUGUCAUUUCCCCUAUGUAUCACUAAUCUCUGUUUCUGCAUAUGGUGUGUCCAUGCUUAGCCCUUUGGGCUUUUGAAUUUCGAAAACAUGUAUCUAAAGAUCUUGAUGUUCUCCAGUGAAAAGCCUUUGGCUUUGCAAUCAUGUAUCCCAAGACCUAUCAGUCCAGCUGAGUUCCUUUUGUGGCUUGGGCAAGAUAUGAAAAUUUGACAAUUAUUUCACCAUUUAUCAAUUUAUUAGACACUCAACAGUCACCACUUCCUGAAUCUUCUGAGAGUAGAAAAAUAUCUGGAGGGUGUCUGCAUAGAAAGGAUAUGCUUCUCUUUUGAGUGUUAUCAGUUUUAUAAAUUCUGCAGAGUUUUUUCUCUAAGCCUUUGAAAAGCUAGCAGUUUGUGCAGUAGAGGGCUCCUUGAUUUGUAGUAUGUCAAGAAUCUGAAUAGAACCUAUCUGCAUUUAGCAAGAGAGGGAAAGAGAUCACUGCCAUGGGCCUCUCUCCUUCUCUGCUGAGGCACAUCCGUCCAUGUAAUCAUCUGUUCAUUCCUUAAAAUGAAAGCACUUUCUUUAGAGAGUUUCUGCUAUCCAACCAUAUAGUGCACAUGUUUAUAUUUAGGAGAUAACACUCCUGGUGGAUUUCCUGUUGUUUCCUUUGACUAUGAAGCUUGGGAGGGGCUUGACCCCUGCCCCUAGAAAAUGUGCACAAGGGCAUAAAACAACAAAUGUGAAAAGAUCAAAUGGUAGUAUUAAUUUGAACCAUAUUAUGUUAUUCUUCACAAAGACGUGGCUGGGCCUGAAAAUGUUAAUGCCACACUGUUUUAUGUGUGAGAGAGAGUGAGGCCUUAAUUUUGAUUUCUUUUAAAAUUAAGUAUUUUUAAAUUUUUCAUUCAUCAUACCAGGGAAUUCAAUGAAACAAUAGGUGGGAUGCAAAUAGAAUUCAGUACAUUGGUACCUAUGCCCUGCCACUGGAGAGAGCCCCAAACCUGGUUGGGAAGCUCAAAUUGUCCGUGAGCAUCCCUUAUAUGUCAUGAAGGCAUUUUUUUGGUGGAAGGACACCUGGAGCAGUGAUCCUUCAGAUUACUGGAGGCAGAGAAAUGGCUGCUCUUUUAUGCUUUCAAUUCAGCAUGUUAACAACAGGGAGUCUUGUACUACUUCACCACAUCCUGUUGUACCAAGAUUUUAUGAUAAUAUAUCCCAGUAGGCUUUGCUCUUAAAGACUUAUAUCUAUGUAAAUUUUAAAAUGAGAACAGCUUCUAAAGACCAUUCCCCGUGUUGGAGAGUUAUGUAUAUUUCUAAUAAGUAUUAGAGAGAAGCUGUUUCUCCUGCCAAAAUGAUGCUGAAGGAUUUACACUUGGUAUACCUGACCAAGUUGUACUCCAGAUGGUUAGUAGUUUAUUCCCUUUUCCUGGAUUGUUUUUUUUGUAGCUCAUCUUGACAUUGGUGAGUCUAUCCAGAUCUUUAAAGUCACUAGCAUGCCCUGAGAUAAGGAGGGCGCAUCAUCGAAUGUUGAUUCCAAAAUGUCCUGAGAUAGGGAUAGGGCAGUGGGAAAGUCAGGGAAGGGUGAGAAGCACAGCAGAGAUUAUUUAUUUAAGAAAGAAAAGAACAUUAAUGUUGUAGCAAGGAUCCAGCACGUUGUCAUCAUCCCAUGAAGAUUUUUGGAUGACACAUCCCCUCAAAUCAGUCACCGUGUUGGGUAAUGACUUCGUUCUUGCUGAUCUCGUCUUUGUGUCAUUGUAAAUAUUUGUGUGUCCGUGUUCCAUUUUGGCUACUGGAUGGCCAAGUCAUGUAAGAAGAUUUAACCCAAGUAUUUAUUCUUUAAUUGUGUUAUUCAGAUUUCUUUCAGGCUUGUGAAUUGCUCCCCAAUGUUUGAUUUUAACCACCUGAUCCCCACAUCUUUCCCUCCCUUGUGAAGCACAUUCCAUUGCUAAAAGAAAAAGAAAUACGAAAUUGCUUCCUUUCGUCUGUAAAACUGUUUGAUAGUUUGAGAUGUUUGUCUAUAAACGAUAUUUCUCAGCUCAAAGAUCAUGUAAAUAAUUCUAUUCCUUUGCUCAAUGGGUUGUUUAUUUCUAAUGAGGCUGCCAGUUCUCAGAGAGAAUCUAUAAAAUCACCUUUAAAUAACAUAAACAGGGAUGACAACUAUGUAAAAAUAAGUGCGCAUAUGAACAAAGACUGGGAACACAGACAAUUGAAAUCAGUUGUGUUGGGAUGGUGGGAUUAUGCAAAUUUUUUUCUUGUUAAAAUUUUCUUUGAUAUUGUUAUACUAUUGCUUUAUAAUAAAUAAACAUCAGAAAGGGGACUAUAGAAACAUAGAAAAGACGCCAGAAGCAGACGCCUUCUGGCCAGAGCCCAGAGCAUGCAGGGCACAGGUAUUUGUUAAUUACAAUUAUUCCAUAGGCUUUAUAUUUGCCUGGAUGCUGCAGUUGGCACACACUCAUUAUGGCAUGUGCUUUCUUCGGGGACUAGUAUCUAUAAGUUAAAGCUAGGGAGAUGUCGCUGUUAGAACUCCAAACACAUCCUUCUGCUUUCAAACUGGCUGGCUGCCCCCUCUGCUUUGGUAUGGCCUCAAGGUUUCUGUUUUGCUUACUUUAGAUUGGAGGGGUCACUUUGGAUAGCCCCUUUGACAACAUCUGUUUCAGGUACUGCCUUUCUGGAUCAUUUUAGCAGAUUUUAGGUUGAAUUUUGGAAGAACAGAAGGUUAAAAUCCCCAGUUUCCACCAUUUCCUUUUCCAACAGGAUAUACUAUCAUUCAGGUAGGAUUUUAUUUUAAUGAACAGUAGGCAAGUCCCGCUGAUUUCAGUAGAAGUUAUGACUUGCACUUAAAAGCUGACUGUGAAAACAUUGAGACAAAUAUUUAGAACAGCCCUGGCCUCUUGGCAUUCAAUCUCAACUCCUUUGAGCUUUGGCCUGAGAUGGUGACCUCUAGGUGCUUUCUGAUCUGCCUAAUUAUAGGUUGUAUGCGGUAACUACUGUCAUUUUAAAGGAGAAACAGGGAGACCAUCUACCCAAAGAGAGGAAUUUCCUUGUAACUCACCAAAGACUUUGCAGGUGAGGACUUUUAUGAUAUGGUAGUGGCCUCAGGUGUUAGUUUCACCAAGAGCAGACCUUUUAUCUAGAGAACCCACUUUGGGCCAUUCUCAACGUAUAAUCUACUUAUGAGAGUCUUAACCCUGACAUCCCCAGUUGUAUCUCAUGGUCCUUUUCUGAGCUACUUGCAGUUAAUAUUUGGUUAAACAAAGGCAUGGCCAGUGAUGGCCUACUCCUAGUCUCUGAGCAAGAGGACUGAAAUUCAGCAUUUGUAAACUGACAGUCUAACAGACCCGAAAUUUUGAGUGAACUUAACACACAAUUCUGAACAUAUAUUUGCAUGUGGAUUGGGAAGGAAUUAAAGGGGACCCUGGAAAUAAUGGAACUAUUUUUCCUAAGAAAGACUUUUUCAUCAAAAAUUGGUUUCUGAUAUGAUCUUUCUGGUAGUAAGCUUUCUUCCCAUUCCUUUUCUGAUCCCAUGCUCCAAGUGAAUAUAAACCCAACUCCUCGUGCAUUGAGGAUGUCUGUUUAAUAUCAAGCAAUAUCUAACUGAAUCUGCAAAUGUGGGAACUGAGAUUAUAACUUCCAUGUGCACACUUUUGUGUUCAACUAGACGAUAAUAAUGAGCAUUUACUGCCACAUGAUACAGUCACACUUGCAAGAGAAACUUAUAGAAGCUGUUUAGCGCCAUCAGAGUCUCCUUUGGAAGCUGCCGUCAGAUGAAUGCUAUCCCAUAAUACCAGUAGUGAGGCAGGUACCAUGUGCGUCUGAUUUAGGACCUAGGAGGAAAUCAACAGCAAUUAGAAUCAAUCAGAUGUAGUGGAAGAAGUGCUAACCUAGAAGUAAGAAUGGUGGUGGUGGUUUAGUCACCAAGUCAUGUCCAACUCUUGGGACCCCGUGGGGUGUAAGCCACCAGGCUCGUCUGUCCAUGGGAUUUCCCAGGCAAGUAUACUGGAGUGGGUUGCCAUUUCCUUCUCCAGCAGAUCUUCCCGAUGCAGGGAUUGAACCCGGAUCUCCCGCAUUGCGGCCAGAUUCUUUACCGACUGAGCCACCAGGGAAGCCCAGAAAUAAGAAUACUUGGAUUCUAAUGUAGGCUCUGCUCCUAACUUACUGUGUGCCCUUGGGCAAGUCACUUAACCAUGUUGUGUCUGUUUCCACAUUUAUAAAAUAAAGGUAUUGGACUAGCUCUCCAAGGCUUUCCAAAGCUCUAACAUUCUGUGGUACUAUAGAUUGCUUUGCUAAUUCAUCCUGCUAAAGUGAUGGCAAAUAUCAUAUGCUUAAGCCUGGGUCUCUUAUGUUGCAGUUAAACAAUAGAACUAUGUAAGAUGAUGCCAAAAAAAAAAAUCAAACCUCAAGUAAAUGAAGUGAAUAAAUACUAGGGAAUGUUGAUAAAACUUGUGGCAGCCUUCCAAUUCCUUCACUGUUGUUUUGUUUUUGAUUUAGUGUUCCUUUUCUGUUGAGUAUUCCAAUUUUUCUUUUCCAUACACUCUGUAUGUGAAGUCUGGUUUUCAUUAAGCUGUGGCCAGUAUUUGCUACUAGAACAGAAAUACACUGUCACACUUGCUAGAAUAGAACUAUACUUCGGCCUCUCCUUUCCUGUGAAGCAGUGUUGGGCUUUAUAGAGUUUACUUCCAAAAUGGCACAAGAUGGCAGAACCCAUGUCAUGGCUGGGACUACUGAGUGGGCCUAAACAUUUUCAGGUUGCAGAGAGAUAAAGGAAAAAGUGAUUACAUGCUAUUAGCACUAAGGAGUGUUGACAAAUCCACUUGGGAACCAAAGACAGCUUUUCUGAUGACAGCUCCCACAGGGAUUGGCCAACUGGAUGAGUAUGAUACUAGAAAGAGGAUCAACUUGUAGUUAGUGGACAGUCCCAUUGCACUGCCUACAGCAGUGCCAACUAGCCCUAAGUGUGAAAUUCAAGUUCAGUGUGUGUGCUCGUGUGUGGUGUGCUUUAUGGACCCGCAUAUACUAUAUUCAUUAGUGAUAAUAAGACCUUUCACAGAAUUCUGUAACCACUAGUGGGUUGAGUUUUAAAUCUCAGUACAUCAGCAAGGAAGAGACAGAUCACAGGGUAGUUAGUGAUGUGUACUGGGAUUAUACUCAUAAUAUCCAGACAAAACAAGUUAAGGAGGAUCUGUGUUUUCAUUAUCAGAGUUGUAUCUCAUUUGGCUGUGCUUUACUUUUGUUAAAAUGUGUUAUCUGUAAACCCAUGUGUAGUGAAAUUCUUCUGUAACUGAAUUAAAGGUAUUUAUGGUCUUUGUUUGAUUUUUUAAGUAAAUUAUUUCUUUUGUAAACCUGCUGAUGGUAUGGUUCCAUCCUUCUGACCUCAGCAUCUGCUCUUUUUAAGGACUUUUGUUUAUGAUAUUGUUACUUUAAAUUGUGGUUGAAGCAAUAGAAAAUUGAAAUAUGGAUUGUGCAUGACUGUGUCUUGAGUGUAAAAAUAAUGCAGUUUGAAACUUGGACCUAAAGUAUUGCAAAUAAAAAUGACAAACAUCACUGA